GUCUACAAUGGGGAUGUGUGAACAGCUCGCCUGGCGUGUGCAAGAAGAUACUGGCGCCCGAGUUCAAUUUCGACGCGAUGAAGCGGGCCCUGGCCGAGCCAACGAAGGCCGCCAAGCGGGAGCAGCGCGAGCGGCAAAUGCAGAUCGUACGCACCUUCCGCGAGGGCGAGUUCGAUGAUCUUGUGAGACGCACAGAACCGAAGCACGAUCUCAUCCAAAACCGCCUCAACGAGCUGUUCAACUUGCUGGCUGUGGAGCGUCAGAUAACGCAAAGCGAUAGCAAGGUGGCCCAGCUGCAGGACAGCAACGAGAAGCCCAUCUACGAGACAAACUUUCCAGAAUUAUUAUAUUACUAAUCUGUAUUACUGUGAAUCGCCUCCGGCAAAGCGAAUGUUCUGUACUCAAUUUAUGCAUAUGAUGGUAGCUAUGAAAGCGAAUUGGUUUGGUGUCAGUAGAUAAAUUUAAUUAAAUUUCCCAUUGUUAAAUGAAA